AUGAACCUCUGAAUGGUUAGGGUUUGUCGAGCUCCUGUUUAAUCAAAGCUUACCGUUUUUUUCUUUAUAAAUUCUGUGUGUAGAAAAGGACGGUGUCGCCGGGUCAAAAUAUCUACAGUAGAAACGCUGAGAGUUUUAGUCACCCAGAGAGAACGAUAGCUGAUCAACUCUGCCGAUUAAAAGAGGAACAGACGCGAGAACAGGAACUACUGGACGCUGUUUUAAACCAGCAGUUUAUCUUACACACAGCAGACCUCCAGCAGUUUGCCAUGAGUAAAAAAGAGAUUCCCUGUGAGCAGCAGGGGCAGAACUCUAGUCUGGCCCUGAAAGACUCGGGGCCUUCACACAUUAAAGAGGAAGAGGAGGAACUGUGGAAGGUUUACACCACUGAGUUCCCCUUCACUUCUGUUCCUGUGAAGAGUGAAGAUGAUGAAGAUAAAACUCAGUCCUCUCAGCUUCAUGAAAUAAGAACUGAAGAGAUGGAAACAGAAGCUCAUGGAGAGGACUGUCGGGGACCAGACCAAGCCAAAGAGUCGAUUCCAGAGAGAGAUUUACAAGUAGAGCCUGAGAUCAAGAGUGAAGACUCUUUAGAAGUGGAGACAGAUGUCGGUGAUGACUGGGGGGAGACAAGACAACAUCAGUCAGGUUGUAACUCUUUGGAAGGCUGUGACCCUAAGAGAUCGAAUGUUGACAAAACUUCAGAUGUCUCCUCUGAGUGCUGUACAGCACUUGAACCAAAUCAGGAUUUAAUCCAAGAUAAAAGCAUUUACCAAGGAGAAAAGCCCUUCAGCUGCUCUGAUUGUGGUAAAGGAUUUAAAUGCAAAUCCAAUUUGAAGAAACACACAGUAAUUCACACGGGAGAGAAACCCUUCAGCUGCUCUGUUUGUGGCAAAAGAUUCAACCGUAAGUAUAGUUUGACUGUGCACAUGAUGGCUCAUAAUGGAGAGAAACCCUUCAGCUGCUCUGUGUGUGAUAAAAGAUUCAAUCAAAAAUCUACUUUAACCACACACAUGUUAAUUCACGCUGAAGAGAAACCCUUUAGCUGCUCUGAGUGUGGUAAAAGAUUCAACCAUAAGCAUCGUUUGACCUCACACAUGAUUGUUCACACUGGAGAGAAACCCUUCAGCUGCUCUCUGUGUGGUAAAAGAUUCAACCAUAAGAUUAGUCUGACAUCACACAUGAUGGUUCACAAAGUUGACACCACAAAGUUUCCCUUGACUUCUGUUCCUGUGAAGAGUGAGGAUGAUAAAGAGAAAACUCGGUCCUCUCAGCUUCAUGAAAUAAAAACGGAAGAGAUGGAAAUAGAAGCUGAUGGAGAGGAGUGUGGGGGACUAGAGCAGGCCAAAAAUUCAAAUCCAGGGACAGGUUUUCAAGUGGAGGCUGAGGUCAAGAGUGAGGACUCUUAUGAAGUGGAGACAGAUGUCAGUGAUGACCAAGGGGAGACAAGAGAACAUCAGUCAGGUUGUAACUCUUCAGAAGGCUGUGACCAUAAGAGAUCAAAUGCUGACAAGAAGUCAGAUGUCUCGUCUGAGUGCUGUACAGCCCCUGAACUGAAUCAGGAUUUAAUCCAAGAUAUAAGCAUUUACCAAGGAGAAAAGCCCUUCAGCUGCUCUGAGUGCAGUAAAAGAUUUAAACGCAAAUCAUAUCUGAUUCAACACAUGUUUGUUCACACUGGAGAGAAAUCCUUCAGCUGUUCUGAGUGUGGUAAGAGAUUUAAACGCAAAUCAUAUCUGAUUAAACACAUGUUAAUUCACAAUGGAGAGAAACCUUUCACCUGCUCUGAGUGUGGUAAAAGAUUCAACGAAAAGAAUAGUCUGACCACACACAUGCUACUUCACACUGGGGAGAAACCCUUCAGCUGCUCUGUGUGUGAUAAAAGAUUUAAUCAAAAGUCUCAUUUGACCACACACAUGCUACUUCACACUGGAGAGAAACCCUUCUGCUGCUCUGAGUGUGACAAAAGAUUCAACCACAAGAUUAGUUUGACCUCACACAUGAUUGCUCACACUGGAGAGAAACCCUUUAGCUGCACUCAGUGUGAUAAAAGUUUCAGCCAUAAGAUUAGUUUGACCACACACAUGAUGGUUCACACUGGAGUGAAACCCUUCAGCUGCUCAGUGUGUGGUAAACAACACAACCACAAAGCUAAUUUGAUUGCACACAUGACGGUUCACACAAGAGAGAAACCCUUCUGCUGUACUGAGUGUGAUAAAAGAUUUUCUUCAAAGUCCAAUCUGACCAAACACAUGUUAAUCCACACUGGAGAUAAACCUUUCAGCUGCUCUGAAUGUGGUAAAAGAUUUCAUCAAAAAUCUCAUCUUGCCAUACAUAUGUUAGUUCACACAAGCGAGAAACUCUUCAGCUGCUCUGUGUGUAAUAAAAGAUUUAACCAGAAAUCUAAUCUGAACACACACAUUUUAACUCAUACUGAAGAGAAACCCUUCAGUUGCUCCGAGUGUGAUAAAAAAUUUUCUCUCAAGGGUUAUCUGACCAGACACAUGUUAAUUCACUCAAGAGAGGAACACUUUACCUCCUCUGAAUGCAAUUAAAGUUAUCUGAAGUCUUAUCUGGACUUACACAUGGUAAUUCACACAGGAGAGAAACCCUUCAGCUGUAGGAUUUGUGGUCAGAGUGAUUCAUGGCAUUUACAGUAAAAAGGACAAGAGUGUGCUGGUGGACAGGCUUCAGAAAAAAAGAAAAAGAAGAACCAGUUAGGACGUCUGUGUGACACAAGAACCAGGCAGGAGCUCAAAGGAGUCAAAAAAGACGCCUUCAGUCCCUACCAUCCACUUUAUCUUGAACAUAAUGAUGAGAACUGUGGUGAAUAAGGAAUCCAUUUGCCCUUACCCUAGGUGGAUGUUGAAUAUAAACACGGUUUUGAUGUUAAGUAGCCACAGUUUACCAUUGAUGGGUUGUCUGUGUUGUUUGAUGCAGUGAAAGGAAUGUGGAAACCUGGUGAUGAAUAUGAUUUCACUUUGGUUUU